CCCGCAGACAUUCUUCACCUCCGCUCUCCAGCCGCCUGCUCACAAGCUCACAUCAUCAUGGUGUCAAUGGGACGACAAAUGCUGGGCUUCGCCCUCGGCGUCAUCGGCUUCCUGGGGACCAUCAUCGUCUGCGCCCUCCCCAUGUGGAAGGUCACGGCCUUCAUCGGCGCCAACAUCGUGACGGCGCAGGUCAUCUGGGAAGGACUGUGGAUGAACUGUGUGACGCAGAGCACGGGUCAGAUGCAGUGUAAGAUCUACGACUCCCUGCUGGCCCUGCCGCAGGACCUGCAGGCCGCCCGCGCCCUCGUGGUCAUCGCCAUCAUCGUCUCCGUUUUCGGGGUGAUCCUCGGGGUCGCCGGCGGGAAGUGCACCAACUUCGUGGAGGAGCCGAGCGCCAAAGCCAAGGUGGCCAUCGCCGCUGGGAUUACUUUCAUCUGCGCCGGCGUCCUGAUCCUGAUCCCGGUUUGCUGGUCGGCCAACACCAUCAUCCGGGACUUCUACAACCCCGUCAUGAUCAACGCUCAGAGGAGGGAACUGGGUAGCACCAUGUCUUCCCUCAAGAUGCAGAUGGCGGGCUGCGCGCUGGGCCUCCUCGGCUGGAUUGGGGUACUGAUCACAUGCGGCACCCCGAUGUGGCGGGUCACCGCCUUCAUCGGCAGCAACAUCGUGACCUCACAGGUCAUCUGGGAGGGUCUGUGGAUGAGCUGCGUGGUCCAGAGCACCGGCCAGAUGCAGUGCAAGGUGUACGACUCCAUGCUGGCUCUCAGCACCGACCUUCAGGGCGCCCGUGCCAUGAUGGUGGUCUCUAUCGUGACUGGCCUCGCUGGAAUCCUCAUGGCCUUUGCUGCUGGCCAGUGCACCAACUUCAUCUCUGACCAAAGGGCUAAAGCCAGGGUGGCGGUGGCUGCCGGCGUGGUUCUCAUCAUCUGUGGUCUGCUGUGCAUCAUCCCGGUGUCAUGGACCGCCUCCGUCAUCAUCAGGAACUUCUACAACCCGGUGUUGGUGGAUGCCCAGAAACGCGAGCUAGGUGCUUCCCUUUACAUCGGCUGGGGCGCUGGAGGGCUGCUGGUCCUGGGUGGGGCUCUCCUGUGCAGCAGCUGCCCCCCUAAAGAGGAGGAAGGUCCGUCUGAGAAGUUCCUCCUGAACAGAACCUCAAGAGAAGACUCGGUGUAUUCCUCCACGCCGGCAAAGACUUACAUCUGAGGGGACCUUCUAUAGAACUGAUCAUUCUCGGCUUCCCUCUUCUCUUCUGCCUGAACGUGACGCGGUUAUUUGUUUGAAACAUGUCCGUUUGUUGACACGACUUCAGAGUCUGAUUGUGACUUUAGAUUUGGUUCAUGGUUACAUGUCCUCCUUCUUGUUGCGCAUGUAAACAAAGCUAGAAACUGCAGCUUCAGCUGGGAUCUGUGAACCUGAGCUGACCGGUUCGUCCAGUUCCACCGAUACAAAUGUGGCAGGCGGUCUGUCUAAAAACAGCUUCCUCCUCACGUCAGAGAAAUCAAAAAGCACUUUAGUCGCAUGUUUUGUCUUUCAGUUCUGAGUUAUGAAGGAUUUGUACUUUUUUUUUUUAAAUCUUAGAGCACUUGUGAUCAAAUAAAAUGCAGUCAUGUGACACUUCUUCCCUUGUUUCAGUGUUGUUUCAAUGGUUCCAAUGCGGCCUGACUUUGGAGACACAUGUUUAAGUCGUGAAAUAAGCUGUUCUAACUUAUAACACAUUACAACAGUGUAAUGACCGUUAAAAUAAAUUAAUAAAACAAUAAUAA